AUGGACCCGCGCGCCACGUGCGAUGCUCUCCGGGUUGUGUCUCUGGAUGGCGGGGGCAUCCGGGGCCUGUCGAGCCUGCUCAUCCUCGAGCACCUCAUGGAGCGCGUCCACGAGGCCGAGGGGCUGGCCGAGGUGCCGCGCCCAUGCGACCGCUUCGAUAUGAUCGGCGGCACGAGCACCGGCGGGAUCAUCGCCAUAAUGCUGGGCCGGCUGCGCAUGACGGAGGGGAACACCGGAACUAUCCACCUCGAAGAUGAUGAUCCUCUGGCCGUGAAGCUGAUGAUACACUACCUUUACCACCUUGACUAUCCUCAUCAGGACGAUAUAUCCCAUCCAUUCCUCGCCGACACUAAAGCGACGCGCUUCACGUUCUCCGUCCCUGAACCUCCGAACUCAGCACCUCUCGAGGAUUCGGACGAGAAGACCCAGAAAGCUGCCCUGAAGAGUUCGGCCCUUCACAAGUUUAAGACAGAGGCGGGCCACUGGUGGAUGUCCGCCGACUUUCUGCGCGCGACGGAAGAGGUCUACACCUCAACGGUCUAUUGGAUGAGGAGGCAGCUCAGAACACAGUCCGAAGCCUUGACCUCUGCUAUGAUUUGA